AUGAUCCACUCAUUUGCUAGCGCUCUCCUCGCGCUGACCUUGCCCAUGAUUUUACCGACGGCCGCUCAGACAACAGUUCGCUAUAUGCCCUUGGGCGACUCGAUCACUGAGAUCACCUGUUGGCGCUCACUCUUGUGGACGCAGCUACAGGAAACGGGCUAUCAGAAUGUCAACUUCGUUGGGUCCAUGACGGACGAAAAUCCGGCUGGAUGUAGCAUCGAGAACUAUAACCAUCAUUCUGAGGGCCACCAAGGGUAUUCAGCGGUGGGUAUUGUGAACGGCAACGACCUCGUCGGCUGGCUAAACAAUAACCCGGCCGACGUAAUCACAAUGCACCUGGGGACAAACGAUAUCUUUGGGGGGCAAACCACCCAACAGAUCCUCAACGCGUUUACGACGCUGGUCCAGCAGAUGAGAAAUUCGAAUCCACGGAUGAAGAUCAUUGUGGCCCAAAUCCUCCCUAUUUUUGUUGGCUCCGACAAUACGCAGGUACAGGCCUUGAAUAGCGCUAUUCCUUCCUGGGCCGCCUCCCAAAACACUACCCAGUCCCCUAUCUGGGUUGUGGACCAGUACGACGGGAUAGCCCCAUCCGACUUGCGAGACGACGUCCAUCCAAAUAGCUCUGGUGAUUCCAAGAUGGCCGCCAAGUGGUACCCAGCGGUGGUGGGCGCAGUGAACACAGUCCUGGGGGCGACAACGACUACCCAGAGUCUUUACGGCCAAUGUGGUGGUCUUGGAUGGACGGGACCUACGGUGUGUGUUUCGCCGUAUACUUGCACUUUUGGUAAUGAAUAUUACUCGCAGUGCCUGUAA